AUCCCACGAAGCAUUUCUCUGUUGAAGAAACUCUUCUAUCUCGAUCUUCGCAAUCCUCCAGGAAAAUUGUGGGGUCAUUUGGAAGACUUGCUUUCUAUCUCAAGUUUGCUAUGGCUUGCGGUAUCGGGAGUUAAAAUGAAAGGAAGCUUAACAAAGAUUCCCCCUAAAAUGUCACAUUUUGUUUUGACUGGAAACGAAAUAAAAGGAAAUCUACCUCCACUCGACAAAUUUCCAAAACAUAUCAUYGUAUUCGACGUUUCCAAUAACAAAUUGACUGGUGAUGUUCCUGGGCAAUUAUUCUUCUCCAUUACUGGCCAGCUUGUUCUAUCUCAAAACCUUUUUAAAUCUGUGAACAAUGGAAGUUCCUGGCCUUCAAAGAGUCCAUCUAAAAUAAGUUUACAGUACAUAUCUCUAGCUGAAAAUAGAAAUUUAUCAAUUGACUUUGACAGCUUCAUUCGAGAUUGUCUUCUAGGAGGAGCAUUUUCAAGUGACACGGUGACGAUGCUGAACAUGAGCUUUUGUGACUUACAGGGAUACAUUGCUGGUGAGCUACUGACGCGCUUUGGUUCCCUUAUUGUAUGCGAUCUUCGAAAUAACAGGUUUAACGGAAGYAUUCCCGAAGUAGGAUUAGACAACGCCUACAUGACGUAUUUGGAUGUGUCUGGUAAUAAACUGUCUGGUGAUCUUCCAUUGGGCAUUAAUAGUUUAACUUCAUUACAAUACUUAGACAUUUCGGGUAAUCCAAAAAUGCGCCAAUCCCAAGGAAACAACGCAAACAACCUCUUAUUAUUUGAUUUUUCUACCAUGWCCAAACCAAAGCGAGAAGMUAAYUACACUUGUGCUGAAGGACGAUUAAUCUUUAAUAACGGACGUGUAAARCUGGAUCCCACUUUUUAUGAUCAUCGAUAUUGUAUAUGCGAUUCGGGAUUCUAUGGAGACAGCGGUUUAUGUAAAGAGUGUAUGCCCGGAGGUACAUGUCAAAAGCCUAUUGUUUUAUCCUCUAGUGAGCUUAAAGCCAGCACUAUGAAGAUGCAUGCUGGAUACUGGCCAUCACCAAGUACCAGUAAAGCCACUCAUCUU